AUUACAGAAGAAACAGAACUCUAUGUCACUACAGGGGAAAAAUAACUUUAUAUUACAAAAGUAAUUAAUUUUAUAUAAUAAAAAGUUCAGUUUAUUGAUUGUGGAAAGGAUAGCAAGGUGUGGACAUAGGAUCUGUGACACCUGUCUUAAAAGAGGAUAAAAUGGUGGAAUUAGUGUUAAUUACUAUAAGCAUAUAAAGUGAUUGUCUCAUAUCAUAGUGAGUCGUGAUUGCUGUAUUAAUCAUGGAUCCAUAUAGAUCAAGUUUUCUGGACUACAACCUGUUUGACAAUAACAUAGUAUUACCUUCACCCCUGACCUGUGAACUGUACCCUCCAGAUAUGGAGUUGGCAACACACACACCCAGCAAGAAAAGAAAAGGGUCUGAGUCGAUGUUUAAUGACUUUGAAGAAGAAGAUGAAUCUGUUGACUCUGGUGAUGUACGGUUCUCAAGACAAAAUCACAGUGAAAUUGAGAAGAGAAGGCGAGAUAAAAUGAAUGCAUACAUUACAGAGUUAUCUUCCUUGCUUCCUAUGUGUAAUGCUAUGAAUCGUAAAUUAGACAAAUUAACUGUACUUAGAAUGGCCGUCCAACAUCUUAAAUCACUCAGAGGUGCUACCACAACUAUAACUGAAGCUAGUCAGAGACCGUCAUUUUUAUCAGAAGAUGUACUUAAAAGUCUUAUAUUAGAUGUAGCAGAAGGAUUUUUAUUUGUUGUCAGCUGUGAUAGAGCAAGAAUUUUAUAUGUGUCAGAGUCUGUCGGGGAAUUUUUAAAUUACUCAAGGAAUGAUUUGAUUGGACAAAGUUUGUUUGAUUAUUUACACCCGAGAGAUAUGAAUAAAGUAAAGGAACAGUUGUCGUCAUCUGAUAUGUCGCCACGAGAACGCUUUAUUGAUUCACGGACAAUGAUGCCUGUGAAAACAGAAUUAUUACAACGACCCACUCAUUUGUGUUCUGGUGCUAGACGAUCAUUUUUCUGUCGCAUGAAAUCUGGCAAUAAACUUGAUAUGUGUUCACAAUUAAAAUUAGAGAAGGAUGAACCUGAUAUGGUGACGAGAAAGAAAAAGUCAGUUUCAGAUAGGAAAUCAUUCACUGUGAUACAUUGUACAGGAUAUUUGAAAUCUUGGCCCACUUCUAAAAUGGACCUUAAUGAACAGGAUGAAACAGAUGACUGUAGUCUAAGUUGUCUUGUGGCAGUAGGCAGGGUUAAGACGGCCUCUAGACAACAACAAAUUGUCAAAGACUAUGAAAGUAUAGAUGUCCGACCAGUUAAAUAUGUAUCGCGGCAUGGUUUAGAUGGAAAAUUUACCUAUAUAGAUCAGGGAGCAACAGAAUUGAUAGGUUAUUUACAACAAGAAUUGCUAGGCACAUCUGUGUAUGAAUAUUAUCACCAAGACGACAUGGCCGACAUGGCAGAGGUUCACAGACAAGUUUUGAAAACCAAAGAGAAAACUACAACGAAUGUAUAUAGAUUUAAAGCUAAGAAUGGCUCUUUUCUACAUCUACGAUCUGAUAUGUUUAGUUUUGUCAAUCCAUGGACUAAAGAUGUGGAAUAUAUUGUUAGUACAAACACAAUUAUUCCUCAGCAAGAAGUUAGCAGUUCAGGACAGGCAGCAGAUGCAGGUGGUGUUACCUUGGAAACGUUCAAUGAUGCUUGGGAUGAAAGUGACUCUUGUCUUGAAAGCCUUGAGAGGAAAGAAAAGAAGAAAAGUACUUUACCUGCCAGUGUUAGAUUAGCUCCUGCAAGAAUAGGUCGACAGAUUGCAGAAGAAAUUAUUGAUAUGCAAAGAAUUCCCAAUUCACCUUUAGCAGAUAGUACCAAUAAUGCCACACAAUCAUCAGUCCCAGAAAUGCCCAAAGCCAGGAGUUCUCAUGCUUCACCAAGUGAGUAUUUUAUAUCUCUUACAAUUUCGUUUUCAAAGGACAAGUGUCUAAAACUUUUGAAAAGAAACCAAUGCCACGUCAUUUCUUUCAUCAGUCAUGUCAGUCUUGAAUAAAUUUGGUCAUGAUAUGGGACCAAAUAUUAUGUACACAAGUCCAUGCUUAGGAAUUUAAACUCCAUUUAUUUUCA